GCUUAGGCUUUUUUACGUCUCCCCCCGCCUCACCCCCCCGCACUCCAUGCCGGGUCUCUCUCUCCAGCUCCCCUCGACUGGCUGGCACGGCGGGAGAACUGGCGCAAACCUCGCCGCCGCAAGCCUCGCGCGGGUUCCAGCCCCAGCCUCUCCGCCUUCCCCGGCGCCCUCCACUCCUGCCAUGGGGCUAACUUGCGGCUCCUAAGAGUUGCCGUCUCUGAGCAGCGCACUCUCCCGCCCAUUUCCCCGCGGGCGGGCGAUGGCUUAGGGCGCCCGAGGGGCCAGCCUAGAGGUAACGGGAAGGGGAAAGGGACGGCUGAGUGGGGAGUAAGAGGCCAAACAAUGAGUUUCCACAAGGAGGACGGAGUGAGCAGCCUGUGCCAGAAGGCGCUGCACAUCGUCACCGAGCUGUGCUUCGCGGGCCAGGUGGAGUGGGAGAAGUGCUCGGGCAUCUUCCCCCGGGACAGGGGCAGCCAGGGCGGAAGCAGCACAGAUAUUUCAGUCAGCUUGUUAGCUGUGGUUGUCAGCUUCUGUGGCCUGGCCUUGUUGGUUGUUUCACUUUUUGUCUUCUGGAAGCUGUGCUGGCCUUGCUGGAAGAGCAAACCGGUGACUUCCAACAUCAGUACCCUUCCACAGAGCAUUUCAAGUGCUCCUACUGAAGUUUUUGAGACUGAAGAGAAAAAAGAAGUUAAAGAAAACGAAAAGCCAGCUCUAAAAGUUAUUGAACCUGCUAUAAAAAUCAGCCACACUUCCCCUGAUAUCCCAGCAGAAGUCCAAACUGCUUUAAAAGAACAUUUAAUUAAACAUGCACGUGUGCAAAGACAAACUACUGAGCCUACAUCUUCAUCCCGCCACAGUUCCUUCAGGAGACACCUACCAAGGCAGAUGCAGGUUUCCAGUGUUGAUUUUAGCAUGGGCACAGAACCCGUUUUACAAAGAGGAGAAACAACAACCAGCAUUGGGAGGAUAAAACCGGAGCUCUACAAACAGAAAUCAGUUGACUCUGAGGGCAACAGGCAAGAAGAUAUCAAAACUUGUGGGAAACUUAACUUCACCCUCCAGUAUGACUAUGAAAACGAACUUCUAGUUGUUAAAAUUAUCAAAGCCUUAGAUCUCCCUGCUAAAGACUUCACAGGCACUUCUGACCCUUAUGUGAAGAUGUAUCUUCUUCCAGAUAGGAAAAAGAAAUUUCAGACCCGUGUGCACAGAAAGACUUUAAAUCCUCUAUUUGAUGAAACGUUUCAAUUUCCCGUAGCAUAUGAUCAACUAAGCAACCGAAAACUACAUUUCAGUGUGUAUGAUUUUGACAGAUUUUCUAGACAUGACAUGAUUGGGGAAGUGAUUCUUGAUAAUUUGUUUGAAGUCUCUGAUCUCUCCAGGGAAGCCACAGUGUGGAAAGAUAUUCAUUGUGCUACUAUGGAAAGUAUAGAUCUGGGUGAAAUCAUGUUCUCCCUUUGUUACUUGCCAACUGCUGGACGUAUGACAUUGACCGUCAUCAAGUGCAGAAAUCUGAAGGCUAUGGAUAUCACUGGCUCAUCAGAUCCUUAUGUCAAAGUGUCUCUGAUGUGUGAGGGUCGAAGACUAAAAAAGAGGAAAACAACUACAAAGAAAAAUACUCUAAACCCUGUGUACAAUGAGGCCAUUAUUUUUGAUAUCCCUCCAGAGAAUGUGGACCAGGUCAGCCUCUCCAUCGCAGUCAUGGAUUACGAUAGGGUAGGACACAAUGAAGUCAUAGGAGUGUGUAGAACAGGACUGGAUGCUGAAGGUCUUGGGCGAGACCACUGGAAUGAAAUGCUGGCCUAUCAUCGAAAACCAAUAACACACUGGCACCCCUUGCUGGAGUUACCUGGCCGAGCAACUAGUUUUGAUAGUCAAGGAUCAUGUCCAUCUCCCAAACCACCUUCCACACCAUAAUGCCUCCAGAAUAAAGACCAUUAUAAUAAGGAACAAGGACCCUGUGCUCAUCAGAUCAGAAAAAGAGUGGAAGGUUUGAUUUCCUCACUUAAAAUAUAUCUUGAUAAUGAACAAACUUGACAUAUGAUUUUUCAUUUACUUUUUUUGGCUGUUCAUUAACUUUGGACAUCUUGAUAUAUUUUACUUGAAUACAAAUACUCCUUAUUUGCAUAAGGCAUUUUAUUCUUCAUGUCAUAUGCCUAUUAGCACAAAGAGUGUUUUCAUAAGUUGCAAUUCUUUGCAUAAGUAAGGAAAUACGUUCUUUUAAAAGAAAUCUAUACUUACCUAAAUUAAAUAUAGUUUAUGCUGCUAUUGUAUCAAGUAGCACAUGUCAUGUAUGUAUGGUUUUGGAUUUUGUUAAAACAGUGUUAAUCUCUAGUUGUGCAGAUGGCUCCGUAUAAACUUUAAUGGAAGUUCUGAACUUCACUUACACAGCAUUAAAUCCUUGCGCAAUCAAAUUCAUGUUAUUUAUCUGAUAACAUACUCUUUCAUUUUCAGCAAAUUAUGUCUUUAGUGAGGUUUGGCUCUGCUAAACUCACAAAACUGUCUCUCAAGCUCAUUCUUUAAAACAUAAACAAUGCUGUAAUUUAAAGAACAAUUUUGAAUUAAAUUUAAGAAGUAAUAUUUAGUAGCUGGAAAAUGAAGGUUGAACCAUUUGGGCUACCAUUUUAUACUGUCUUAAUGUUACGUUAGUUCAAACAUCUGUUGAACUAUUUAACUGACACUUAUGUAGCAUUAGUAUUCCUAAUGAAUAGAAUCAGAAAUUGUUCAUUUUUUUAAGUGUUUGUAAGGUUCUCGAGUACUGUGACAUAUAUAUUUUGUGACAUGAAACUAUCACAUAGAUCCUGUAUUUCUGAUAGAACAUACUAACAGACACCAAAGGUACAAUAAAUGCCUGUGCUCAUUGUCAACUAGAUUGUAAAUAGUAAUGGUGACUUUAAAACCCAAUCAGAAACUAGUCACAGAAUUGGGUAUUUCUUAAAGAUGGGACGAGUUAUUUUUCAGAAAAUUAUAUAAAUAUACCAUAAAUAACAUAACUUCCACAUUUAAUAAAAAUAAAAAUAAUUCUAAAGGCCCAGACCCAUAGUCCUUUUAUGAAAGGAUCAAGGAUCAGGCCAGGAGUUGUAAAAACUAUGCAAAUGUUUUUACAUGACAGGACUUUCAUUUAAAUCAGGUCAGCUUUUUAUUGUCUCACUUCUGGGCCCUAUCAGAAGAUAUCCAUAUUGAAUGACCCUUUUUAUUUUUGAGAUAUAUAUUGUGGAUACCGCAUAUUUCAAGAUUAUCCCUAGAUAAGAGGUUAAAAGAACAAAAAAAAAAAAAAAGAAAAUCUGUACUUAGACUAUAAAAACAUAGUCAUCAGAAUGAGAAAAUUUUAUCAGCAGUUAUAAAAUUUUGAUUUUAGUAAAAUAUCUUAUUUCUAAAUAUUAAAAAAUUUUAAGAGCUGUGAAAUUUUGUUUGUGGCAUCUGUCAUAUGAUUGCAUUACUGUUAAUUAACAUGUAAAUAUUUUACAUAUUAAUAUUUUAAAAGCAAACACUAUUCUGUAAAAUUUUUCAAAAAUGCCUGUAUCAUCCUAGUAAAAACAAGUAUUUCUAGCUAGCAUUAGCUGAUAGAAAAUAAUAGAAGGAACCUGUUUGAAACAUCUGUUUACCUUAUGAAGCCUAAAAGAACCAUUCGCUAUAGACAGAAUGACUGAAGAUGACACUUCCAUUUUGGAAUUCGUUGUUUUACUAGGAAAUAAAAAUUGUCAAAUGGGAAGACAAGUUAUACUCUUAAUAAAAUGACAUUUUUGCAGACAGAUAUUUUAUUAGUAGAUAUAGCUGCAGCUUGCUAUUAAUUAGCAACUAUAUUUCCCAAGCAUAAUAAUUAUUUUCAUCUGAAAACAUAUUUUAAGGACUUUGUAUGCAUUCUUAGAAGCUCUUGCUUUUCUUUGCCUCCUAUGGAGAAAAAGCCAAUGUUUGUGAUGAAAAAACACAACCAACCAGCCAAACAGGAGACUUUACUGUGGGGAUUAUGGAUUAAAAUACAAAUACGUUUUUAAGGUAAUUUUUAAAAACUGUUUCCUAGGGCUUAGAAUAAACUUAUCAUGCCCAAUAUUUAUUAACCCUGUGAGAGAGAUUAAGAACAACCACAACUAUCUCAUUCGACGCAUGAGGGAGGUGUAUCCUCCUCCAUAAAGUGUGAUCAUUUCAGAGGACAGUUCAUGUAAAUAUACAUGUAUUUCAUGGAUACUACCAUUUUCAAUACAACACACCCUCACGCUACACAGACACAUCCAUGCAAACCUAUUUUAUCCUUCUGUGUGUGACUAAAGAUGGAAUGUUUUUAAUUUCUCAUAAUGAACACCUAAUUUCAGGGACUAUUCAGUGACUGGUCAAACUGAAGUCUAGGGAAAGGGAGCAAGGGUUGAUUCAUUAUGUAAAAAUACUAAUGUUCUUUUUGGGCUUCUUAUUUAUUUGUGUAUUUUACCUGAUUCGCUAAGUAAUCAGGAGAAUGAGGUAAUUGAAUAAUGAAGAGUACACUAAUGUUUGAGGAGUGUACAAUCUUCUCAGAAAAAUCUGAACGGAUGCUUUUUUUUUUUUUAACAGUGGUUUCUUAAUAAUAAGUUUCUUGACGGUUUUAAUUUUUUUUGUUAGGCUAGCCCUGUUUCUGGUACUUUGUUUCACAUGUAAAAUCUCACGAUAUUAAUAUAGGCACAGUUCAAUAAAAAAUAUCUUUAGGACUAUGCCAGGGAACUAGAGAUGGGAAUGCAAAGCCAAGCAUCCACUUUAUUAUGCAGUUUUGAGGAGUGUGUAUGUGUGUUCUAGUUACUGCAGGGAGAUCACUACUGAUCAAUACUGACUCAGGUUUUAGAUAAAAGCAAAUAUAUUUGAAUCUAUUUGAUUGUGAUAUUUAAUUAGCAUUUCCACCUGUGCUUAUUCUCCUAUAAUGGUUAUUAUUUUAAAAUUUUGCAGACUCAAUAAAGAGCUGUCAAUCUCAUAAGACUUUAACU